UCUGUCAUCUAGUUUACAAUUCUCUCUCCUGCUUAAUCAUAUCUGCUGUUGAAGCCCUCUUAUAUUUCUCAGUGCAGUCAUUGUAUUCUUUAGGGUGUUUCUUCUUAUAAGUUGCUCAUAGGCAAAGUAAUCCCAGCCACCUCUUUCAAUUUUUCUGACAGAUUUAUUAAUUUUAAUAAAAAUCAUGUUAGGUACCAGUAAGAAUAAAGUAUGCAUCCAUGAACAGUAAGUUUCAGCUUUGGUCCAGUAAUCUCCUUCGGCUUCCUUUCAUUCUCUGUUUGGUCCUCUGGUGAAAUUUGCCAUCAAAGUAUAUAACAAAAGAAAAUUAAAGGUUGCAUAUUAGACAUUUGAAUUAGAAAAUUAGAAUCAGUCACUCUUGGCAAAUUUACAUAGAUACAUAUCUCUCAGAGAGUCUGAUUUUAUUCUUUGACUCAGUUUUAUGGUGCAACAUUUGUAUGGUUUAUCAGUCAAAAUGGUUUGUAUUUUUUUUUUACUAGAGUUUUUGCUAGGGGGGCAGAGGCUAUGUCUUCUUUAUUCAUGGUGCUGCCAGCCCUGUGCGUCUAUGUGGUCAGGGUGGCGGUGCCUUGGGGUUUCUUGGAGCCAGCAGGUCCCCUCGCAUGAGUGGCUGUGUGCAUGUGUGCGGUGGGCACAUGGGGAGGCCAGGGAGGCCAAAGGCCUGGAUGGCGCACUGAGCCACCUGAAACUGGUGGCCCACCCAUGUGCCAAGGGCAGGAUGUGAAAGUACUUCAGCUUUGACACCAAUGCCGAUGGCUGCAUCCUGCAAUGGAGGAAGAUUUACUGUCACAUCUGCAUGGCACACAUGUCCAACCUGUUUUUCAUCUGGAGAAGAACCACUCCAACAAUUUCUGUGAGUAUGUCAACAGCAUCACAAUGCAGAUGCCUGAGGCCUCACCACCACCUUCUCCAAGCUCAAGCCUGAAGUGACCUUGUCCCACAGCCACCACCACCACUGCCACCACCACCCCCUUCUGGUGAUGCCCUGGAGUCCCAAGCAACAGUAGGAGCUGGUGGCUGCUGCGUUGGCUUUCAUCUGUGGUGGGCUGCUGCCAGCGUCCAUGGUGGCCCAGCCCAUGUUCCAAGCCCUGCUGAUGAUGGCCAAGCCCUCUUAUGCCUGCCUGGCCACCACUUCUGCUUCAAGGUCUUGCCUGACAGGUCUGUGGGAUAGUGUCCUCAAGGAGAUGAACAAGGCCUCGUGGUGUGCCAUGUCUACUGACAUGAGGGCCAGCCUGAACCAGAAGCUGGGCUAUGUGACGCUGGCAGUGCAAUUCUUGGCCGCUGGCCUGUCAGGUGAUCUGUUGCUGGCCUCGUGGUGCCUGAAGAUGUUUGAGGUCCCCGAAGACAACAUGGCAGUCUGUCACCCUUGUCCUCUAGGAGGCAUUCAUAAAGUGGAGCCUCCAUGCCAAGGUGUUCAGGGCCACCACGGAGGAUGGCAGGGACCUGACAUAGGCCUGUUCGUUGCUGGACGUCCCCUUGCACAUGCAGUGUCUAGGCCAUGCGUUCAAUGCAACCAUUCAGCAAGAACUGUGGCUGCCCAAGCUUGUCGGGCUGCUGUCAUGCUGUCACAGGCUGCUGGAGUACUUCCAGCAGUCACCCAUAGCCUCCUACAGCAUGUAGAACAAGCAGAAGCAGCACCAGGCUGCCCCACCAUGCUGCUGAGUGACCGUGUGCCCACUUGGGCCAGCUGCCUGGCCAUGCUGCUCAGGCUCAAGGAGAAGCAGGUGGCCAUUAUCAGUAUUCUACUGUAGGACACCAACAGCCACAACCUCAUGCUGGAGGCUACCGAGUGGAUCACUGUGGAGGGCCUGGUAGAGCUGCUGCAGCCCUUCUGCCAGGUGGCCAACGUGCUGUCUGGGUUGUGCUUCCCCAUCAUCAGCGUGGUGAAGCUGCUGCUGCACAUACUGCUCAAUGCUGCACUGAAGGUCAAGGAUGCCCAAGGAUAUCAGCACGGCCAAGGAAGCCAUUGCCAAGGAGCUGGGCAGGAUGUACCAGGAGCUCCCUGAUGUUGACAUGUUCCUCAAUAUGGCCAAUUUCCUGGACCCGUGCUACAGUGACUGCCCUUCCUAUUGGCCUUUGAGCAGCAGCAGGUGGAGAGCUGCAUGGUGGACAAGAUCAAGGGCCUGGUGGACAAGGCCUGGCAUGAUGCCUGUGCUACUGCCACUGCGGUCAAGGACAAGCUGUAUUCCGGGCCUGACAAGUUCCCUGCCAAGGAGUCUGUGCUGGCUACCACGGCCACCACUCCACUACCCAGGUCCAGUAGCAUCAUCCACCACAUGCUGGCCAAGAUCUUCUGCCAGGAGUGUGGUGCCAAUGACAGGAGAAGUGGCACAUGCAGAUCAUGGAGAAGCAGAGCAGUUAAAGUUGCAGGAGGUAUGCAGCUUGCAUGAGGAUGUGUGCAAGUGGUGAUGCGACCGCCUGGCUUUUUUCCCUGUCACCCUGCAGAAGUUCUGGUGUGUGCCGGCCACCUGCAUCAGUCCCCCGUGCCUCUUUGGCUCCACGGCCAGUGUGGCUGGGUCUCUUGCCCUGUACCCCCAGCUGACCUUGAACAUGGGGUGCUCCUGCUUUAGCCUCCCAAAUGCUGGGACCUGGAUUAAGACUGCUUUUUCAUUUGGGACAGCAAUGCUUUUUUGUCUAAGAGGUUGAACACAUCUCUUUGAUUCCAGCCUUCCAUGAUGGUGAGUGUAGGAACCAGAAGCCACACUGGGAGGACUUGAUGUAAGGCAGAAAUGUAGCUUAGAAAUGGCCCGUUUCUGGUGUGUCCAAAAUUCCGUCCAGAUCCCAACAUCUGAUUAGAAAAUCUAAACAUUUUAAUGGCUCGUAGCUGCACAUAGGGCCGAAUUGUACCUUUAUUUCCAAUGUGGCAGAAAGACAGGGAGCAGGAAGAAAGAUUAUUGAGUGCUACAGUGAAACAAAGGAAAACCGGAGUUAAGGAAUGUUACCUGGAGACCAGAGAAAGGUCAUCUUGCCACAGAGGUUAAAACAGCCAAUAAAAUAACAUGUGAUUAUGUAUGGAACAAGCUGCAUCCCCCACAUUUCUGAAGCCUGCUGUAAAUGGUAUAUAAGGAAAGCUCCCUUUGUCUUAGGGCUCAGCCUUUGGACUCAAGUCCUCUGAGCUGCUGCUGGCUUGCUUAAUAAACCUGCUUCACGAAAGCUUUGGUGCCCUCUCAGACUCUGUCUGAGCACUCCUACAAUAUUUCUGGGGGCUGAUCCAAGUUUGGAGGGUAGUGUUUUCACCUCUUUGUUGCCAGCUCAGAGUCCCUGACCUGCUUGGCGGGCACAGCCCUUCCCAGGCACUACCAGACUGUGUUGAUCCGGGGAAGGGAGCCUCUCUCCUGGUGAGCUGAGGAGGCAAGUUCUGGUUGCACAAAGGAACCUGGAAAGGUUUGGGAACCAACCUGGGAAUCCCGCUCAUCCAACUGGUAAGAACUUGGGUUCAAAUCCAGGCCUGCCUCAGGAGGUAAAAGGGGAGUAUGAUUAACUCUCGAAAGGCACCAUAGUAACCACUUUUUGGGGGGGUGGAUAAGACUGUGUCUUUCAGGUUCAGGGAGUGGGGUGGAAGUACUUUGCUAUGUGAGAGUGUGUGAAACUGUGAGCCUGAGAAGGUAUCCUGGUCACAAAACAAGUGUGGAGUCCAGAUCUGCAGGUCCGUGGUGAACUCAUAUGGUCUAGGAUAAACCCUAACAGGACCUCCGGCCCAGAGUUUAUACAGACUCACUACAGCCAACAGAUGCCUUAAUCCCUGAGAGGGGGGUGGCCAGAGAUGGAUGAAGUGAGUAGUGUUAUUUGUUUUCUCCUGUGUGCUGGAGAAUCCGACCCCUUACCUCCUCUCCACAGCCCUCAUCCUUCUAUCUUUGUCUCUGUCUAGAUGUCUGGCAAACGAGAGGAAUGGGAGGAUGUCAGAUUAAGAAUAUCCCCUCUAGAACUUUAAGAGGGGAUUUAAUGGAGAUUACAGGGUCAAGCUGACUCCUGGCAAGUUUAGAAUCUUCUGUGAAAUAGACUGGCUUACUUUUGGUGUAGGAUGGCCCUCAGAGAGGUCAUUAGAUAAGGUCAUAGUCAACAGAGUUUUAAAAGUGGUUAUAGAGGAAUUGACUGCUGGCAAGAUGCAGUCCUCAGUCAGCCCACGUAGCUAAAGCCCUGCCUAGGAAAAGCAUGUAGGGUUAUGGUAGCCAGGGUGGCAGCAGCUUCCAAGUACAGGGAAAAAUGUAAAAAGCCAGAGAAACCCAUAUUAGUGGGGGACCCCAAGGAUUUCCUACCCUGCUUAUGUGCCACUGUACAAAUCAGAAAAUUUCUAAGAGCUACAGGUUUCUGCCAGAUCUGGAUCCCCAAUUACUCUGUCUUGGCAAAACCCCUUUAUAAUACCACAAAGUGGGGAG